ACUCUGUACAGUGAGUGACUGAAAUUCCAGCUGCCAGUACCCAGUGACCCUGUAAUUGAAAAGCUAUGAGCUCUUUACUAUUCAAGAUUCGAUGUCUUCAACCUUCCUGGCAUCAUCUCAACAACUUCUCAUGCAAACAAUAUGCAAAUAUUGCGGCUAGCAUGGUCUACUCGUCUCCAAAGCCUUCCUGGUCAAGAUUUACACAACAAGCACAAUUCCACUCUCAUCAAAAUUAUGACAAAUCUCACAAAGAACAAACAUUUUUUCAAAGAAAUCGUUCUGAAAUAAAAUUAGCAAUGGGUUGUAGCAUUGCUCUUCUUAUACUUUAUUCAUAUGUAAAAUAUUAUGAAUUGUCAAAUAACCAAAUAAAUUCUGUCCAUGAACGAGUGGGCGAAUCAAACAUUCUCAAGGAGAGACCAAAAGAAACUAAAAUAGCUAAAUCAGUAGUGAACCCUAGAGACGCAUCAGGUCUGAAGCUUACUUUGUAUCAGUAUCAGACUUGCCCUUUCUGCUGCAAAGUUCGCGCGUUCCUGGACUACUACGGCUUCUCUUAUGAUGUGGUUGAAGUUAAUUCAGUAACGAGGGCUCAAACAAGGUGGACCAAGUACAGAAAAGUUCCUUUCCUCGUAGUCGAGAUUCCUGGUUCUGAGUAUGGAGACAGCACCGUACUUCAACUGAAGGACAGCUCGGUCAUCAUGUCAGCCCUGGCGUCAACUCUCCGUAACCCUAGUGACAGUUUCCUCACAAUACUCGACGGGUAUCCCUCCUUCUACAAUGAAGAUAACAAACUGGAAUUUUCCAACCGAUACCGCAUCAUGUAUGGGGAAAAUUACAGGGAGGCGCUAAAACAUCCCAAAGACAAUGCAACAGAGCUACAGUGGCGACAGUGGGUGGACGACAAAUUCGUCCAUGUGCUGUCUCCUAACGUGUACAGGACGCCUACAGAGGCGCUGCAGGCGUUCACGUGGUUCUCGGAGGUUGGCAAUUGGCAGGAACUGUUCUCAGCCUGGGAGCGACUCCUCGUCGUGUACGUGGGAGCAGCGGCCAUGUACUUUAUCGGCAAGCGACUCAAGAAAAGGCACCGAAUUAGCGACGAGCCUCGUGAUUCGCUGUACGAGGAAGCCAACAAGUGGAUGAAGUUCGUUAAAUCGCGAGGCGGGGAGUUCGCCGGCGGCAAGACCCCAAACUUGGCCGACCUCAGCAUGUACGGCGUGCUGACGGCCAUCGAGGGAUGCGAUGCCUUCCAAGACCUCACGGCCAACACCGACAUCAGCUCCUGGUACGAGGCCAUGAAGCAGCGCGUCGGGGGGCGGGAAGGCGAACAAGAACUUGUUAGGCGUUGUCGCAUCCGGUAAUACCAGAGGAUACCGUGUGAAAAAUCAUGGAAGAAUUUCAAAUCCUUAUCCAUGAUGUAUCUAUCAUCUUGAAGCUAUUCGUAUCUUGGGACUAGUCACGGUCAUCAGAUGAGUUCGACGUUGUCGCAUCCGGUAAUACCAGAGAAUACCGUGCGAAAAAUCAUGGAAGAAUUUUAAAUGUUUAUCUACGAUGUAUCAAUCAUCUUAAAGCUAUUCGUAUCUUGGGACUAGUCACGGCAAUCAGACGAGUUUAGUGGCCACAUGUUUACCAGUGCGGUUGAAAAACUUUGGAAAAUUGGAUCUCGGCCUAAAAUAAGGUAAAACUAUUUUAUGCACGGCUCAACAGUAAUGCGAAACGUGCAUUGAACUUUGAUGUACACGGAUUUUCACAUGUGGAUGUGAAUUUACAAAAUUCAAUUCUGAAGUGAAUGAAAAUUCAAAAGUUUCACUACAAAUAUUAUGACACAAUGCUUUCCACUCUACUCAUAGCCAGGAUUAGUUCUUCAGCUCGGGUAUUUUUUUCUCAAAGUCGUUCACGGAUGCUUGCGCCAUUAAAAAGCUCAUACAUUUUUUGAGUAGUGCUGAAAAUACCAAUAGAAAUGCCAGUAUGCAAACCAUUUUCUUAUCCAGUUUCAUAGAUAACAUUUUCAGACUCGGAGGUCGUGAUUUAGCAAUUGAUCUUGCUUCCAAGUUCAGUUAUUGCAUCAGUCAUAGGAUGUCGCGCUGCAUGUAAAAAUUCCAAUAUUUCUAUUUCAUUAUAUGGAAUGUGUAUUCCUUAGGGAAAUCUGAAAUAUAAGAAGCUCUAGUUUCAUUAUGCGUGUCUGGGCAUUUGAUUGAAGAGUCUCUACUUAGGUGAACAUGCUUGAAGAGAAAUGUAUUUUAUCGGCUUGACAAAUUACCCACACUCCCCAGUCAAGUUCAGUUCUCAGAUGAAACCAAAUGCCCGAUUACUGGUGAUUCGCAGGCAUAAUUAGAGUUUGUACAGGACAUUUCUUGGACAUGAAUGAAUACGCAUGUAUGAUAGUUCACUUGUAUUGUGAUCCUGUGUCAUAAUGAAAUAAACUUCACUAUGGCUUCUGUAUUCUUUUAUUAAAGUAAGAUGUAUUCACUUGCAUUGUGAUCCUGUGUCAUAAUGAAUAAACUUCACUAUGGCUUCUGUAUUCUUUUAUUAAAGUAAGAUGUGAUAUGAAGUUUUACUUGAAAAUAAAUUCUGUAUAAAGAUAGCGUUGCU